AUUUAUGCGGAUCGGUUUCCCAAUCGAGUGCAACCAACCCCUCGUGCCUUUGUUAAUGUAGUACAAAGGGCUCGUGAAUCAGGUGACUUAAGACCUCACAGGUUGAGGGCAUGCCGGUGCUCCAAGACCGCACGAUCAAAUACAGGUCCGCACUGAAACACUUGUCGGGAGGAUACUUUAUAAAACAAGGUAACAUUUUUUUUAAUUUUUUUUUAUUUUUACACACAUAGGGGAGACUCGGGCAAAAAGAACCAUAUGGGCAAAAAGAACCAGCUCAAAAAUUUUUUGUUUCAAAAUUCCCGCCUCUAUCUCCUAUUUACUUCUGACAGGUACCGCGAUUCUCCAGUGUUUGUUUCGAUACCCAUACCGAAUAAUGGUUUUCAAUUAUAAGCAAAAAACAGAGAGAGCCCAAGGAUGGGACGAAAAUAUAAUGAAUCGCGCGAUAAAUGCGAUUAACCAAAAAGGAACAUCUAUUCGCGGUGCCGCUCUGCAGUUUCGAAUUCCAUAUCCCACCUUACGAAAACAUUUUUUGAAGCAGUCUUCCAAAAAACAAUUAGGACGGUUUAGACCAGUUUUUUCUGGCGAUAUGGAACAGCAACUUGUACAACAUAUUCAAGAAAUGGACGCCCGUUUUUAUGGGCUCACAAAACAAGACUUAUGCAGUUUAGCAUUCGAGUUCGCAACUCGAAAUAAUGUGCCACAUAAUUUUCGUAAUGGAUUAGCUGGGGAGCAAUGGUACUCAAAUUUUAUGAGGCGACAUCCCGAAUUAAGCCUUAGAACUCCAGAAUCUACAAGCAUUGCCCGGGCUUGUGGAUUUAACAGGCCACAAGUGCAGUUAUUUUUUGAUAAUCUAAAUAACAUUCGGCAAAAAUAUUUAUUCGAUGUGGACAACAUAUACAACGUGGACGAGACCGGUAUUCAAACGUCUGCAAAGCGGCCACCAAAAGUUAUUUCUUAAACAAGUGGACUCAAUUUCAUCGGCCGAGAGGGGUCAGCUGGUAACCGCCUUAUGUUGAUGUUCCGCUACUGGAAAAUGUAUCCCUCCGGCACUCAUAUUUCCCCGGAAGAAGACAAAUCCAAGAUACUUAAAUGGCACUCCACCUGGAACUGUAGAUUUUGUAAGCGAUAAUGGUUGGAUAACUAGUAAGAUCUUCUUAGAAUGGAAGACAUUUUUUGUAAAAUCUGUUAGACCAUCUCCAGAACAUAAAUGUUUACUUAUAUUGGAUAAUCAUAUUUCACAUCGAUCUUUGGAGGUGUUGGACUAUGCUUCUGCAAACAAUGUAGUAAUCCUUUCUGUUCCUCCACAUACCACAAACAAAUUACAGCCGCUUGAUGUUGCGGUAUAUGGGCCCAUUGGAACAUAUUUUGAAAGAGAGGUUGAUAAAUGGCAAAAGCAACAUCCUGCACAACAUAUUACUUUCUACGAAUUAGGAGCAAUAUUUGGAUCUGCUUAUUUACAAGGCGCUACUCCUCAAAAUGCAAUAAGUGGAUUCAAAAAGACAGGAAUACUCGAUGGCAAUAUUGAUGUUUUUAGUGACUUGGAUUUUGUUCCUUCUCAAGUCACAGAAAAGGAAUAUGAUGCCAACAAGGCUCGCCGCACGUAAUGGUCAAUCUGAAUCUCCAAGUUCACCUAUUCCGUCAUGUUCGGGGCAUGAAGUUGCUGAAGACACACAGCGUAACGUCGAACAUCGCACACCUCCUAAUUCGCCUAUAUCCCUCUGCUCUCUUGAAAAUGAGAAUCAUGGGAAAGAGAACCGUUCUUCUCCUACUCCAUCGUGCUCCUUCCAAUCCACUUACGAAAAUUCAAAUUAUUUUAUACCAUUAACUGCAAUUCAGCCUUUGCCAAUAGUUAAACAGGAUGAUUCUAAAAGAAAACGUAGAACACAGAAGUCAGAAAUUUUAACAUCUACACCUAUUAGAGAAGCGUUGAGAAAUCAGAAAAAUAAAAAAUUACCCAAGACCAAAUUGCCAGAUGAAAUGAAACGUGCAAAGAAACCUAGCAGUUCAAAUUUGGAUCAACCUAAAUUGCAGUACCCGAAGCCACCGGUACAUAAAACGGACCCCAAUGAAGAAAAUGUACCAUGCCUCAUCUGUGGCAACUCUAGACCUGGCGAAACAUGGAUUGAGUGCAAUAUGUGUCGAAACUGGGCUCAUCAAUUAUGUGCUGAUUACAACAGAGGUGUCUAUAUUUGCGACAAAUGCAAGUUAUCAGUUUUGAGUUCCUUGAAAUAAAGAAUUGUUAAUAGAAUUCUACUUUUAGUUAUGUUUGAAGUAAUGUUCUUUUUGCCCAUAUGUAUUUCAUAUGCUGAUUCCUUUUGCCCAAGGCAUUGGUUCUUCUUGCCCUCAUAUGUGGGCAAAAGGAAUCAAAAGCAACUUUUGUUUUAAUGUUUUUUUAAGAUAUAUUACAAUAAUUAUAUAUUCGUAACAUAAUUAUAUUAUGUUUCUAAA